GCCGUGCGAUGGACGUGUUUCACGGCGUCUGCGUAGCCGUCUUUCAUGUGGACCACGACGACAGUGCCGCCACUUGUGACGGCAUCAACCGCUUCCCCAGGCUGCAGGCCAUUCGGGAAGUUCAGAAGCACCACGUGGAAAAGGAAUUCUACGGAGUUGAAAACAAAGCGCCACCCCGCUCUCAAGAUCGGGAAAGGUCCAGAAGUUUACCGAGUGAACCGGCGGUGUUGUGCGUCGCGGGCGACCUGCUCUCUGACAUGGACCGCUAUCCGACCGAAUACUGCACGCACCUCAUCUACCGGGACAUGGUGUUCUUCUCGGAGCACAAGUGGUUCAUGCCCAAGGAGGACGAGCAAAGCUUCAAGCAAUUCAAGGAGCUGCGUGCAAAUACAUCGCUUCCCCUUCUCGUGGGCGUGUCGGCCGAGCAGCUGUCGGACUUCUACGCGCGGCUGUGGCGAAACCCGCCCAAGAUGGGCCACUUCGCGCGCAGCGCCAUCGAGUGGCUGAACCUGCAAGGUUUCGACGGCAUCGCGCUGCUCGACCAGGAGGUCAAGGCGGCCGACGUCGGCAGGCGCUACUUCCACAUCGUCAAGAGGCUGCACGAUGAGUUCGCGAGGGUUGAGCGCAAGCUCCUCAUUGUGGUGGGCCUCAGCAUCACGGACCACGAAAAGACGGCCGAGGACGUGGCCGAGCAACUCGAAGACAUCGCGAGGUACUCGGACUACCUGAUCCUGGAGACGCACCGUGUGAAGCGCCAGGGUCAGUGCAAGCUGUCGCUGCCUUCGUCGUUUCUCGAGGACAGCACGCUCACAUCUUCCGUUCCAAUCCGAACGGCCCUUGCGUGGAUGCGAAUCCUGCAUGUGGAGAACGACACGUCAGCGCACCUCUGCAUUUCCUUCAACAUGGCCACCCUUAACUUCAAGACGAGAAAAGGAGACACAAACCUGACCUGCAAGAAUGAACGGUGGUCCAACUAUCGUGACGUCUGCUCGGGCAAGGAUGGCUACGAAGUUCCCGUGCACGUGGACGGGGCGCUGGGCAUUUAUCGAAACAACCAGAACGCCUGGCAGACGUUCGACGAAGAGGGCACACUUCGCGAAAAGGUGGAAAGGGCUGUAACUCUGUACCCUCGUCUGUGCGUGGCUGCAUUCUACCUUGAAUACGAAGACUCGAUGGGCCUCUGCCGGCCCAAGUUCUCACGGCUAUACGAAAUAGCCCAAACACUAAACAGAGGUCCCGUGGCAAAUUUGGUCGAGCUGAAACCACCGAUCAACAAUGGAGAUUCUCGUGCUCGGCAUGGAGCAGAGGCGACAACUGGCAAGCCUGAAGAAGAGCGAACGGGGCGCCCGCAUAACCUCAUUUGCGUGAUGACGGAGAAGACGAGCGUGGAGCAGCAGUUCCCGAAUGAAGCUUGCGACUUCGUGGUCUUCAUGGACCUCACAUACAACGGUCAGGAGGACAAACUGGUGCCAAAGACCAACGGCUCGGGCUUCGAGCUGUUCAGCGCGAUGGCGGCCAACGGCUCUGGCAACCACCUGGUGGCCGUCAGCCACGAGGACAUCCGCGAGUGCGUGGACAAGUGGAAGGACCCGCUCGCGCUGUCACACUUCGUCAUCACCACCUCGUCGUGGAUCACGAAGAACAAGUUCGGCGGGCUCGCCUUCCUCGGGGUACAUGUCCCCAACGACCGCUUACCUACGCUGCACAAGUUGCUUCAGAAAUUCCACGAGGCGUUUAAGGAGAACCAGCCGCGGUCGCUUUUACUGAUGUUCGCCAUCCAGGUGAAGAACUACAAGUCAGCUUCCGUCGAAUUGCUUCAGAAUCUGCAGAAGAUCGUCAAGGUGGUCGACUACACCAUCCUGGAGACGCACCACUCGAGGCCUUUGACCACGUGCAGUGCUCUUCUACCUACGUCAUUUAGAGAGUACAGCGACCUGGCCGACAGUGUGCCCGUGGUGACGGCGCUCGAGUGGACCAAGCAGCUGCAGAACAGCGUGCAGCCACUGCCAAACCUGUGUUUCUCGCUCAACCUGGCUUCACUGCAUUACACGCUCAAGACGACCACCAACAACGUUGGCGCGCCCUGUGACGGCGAGACGCUCAUUCCCUACAACAAGACAUGUUCCAGAGACGACUGGGUGGGCCCCAUUCAGGACGAGCGGGCCAUCGCGGCGUACCACUACCGAAACAACCAGUGGCAGUCUUUCCUCACACCCGACAGCAUCACUAAGAUGAUGCGACUUGCACUGAAGGUAAACCCGAGCGUAUGCGCUGCGGCCUACUACGUGGACUACGAGGAUUACCAGGGCCUGUGCCAAAAGAACGAGACGUUCCCGCGACUUACGGCUCUGCGACACGUCCUCGAUCAAGUCAGGACGCGCUGAACGGCAUCCGUCACCCAAAUGCAUCACUGGCAGUCCUUGAAAUGAAGAUGCUCACAUGUCUCUCCAUGCACGACACUGUCUUUCUUUCUUUUUUUUCGCACUUGUUGGUGCACAGCUGCAAAAGAGCGGGCAGUUCGAGUACAGUACACCGUAGAUGUUGUACUAAAAUUACUAUGGGGAAUUGUAGCGCUGGGAUCGCUCGGCUACCAUGGAAAUAAUAUAUAAUGAUGAUCAGUGCAUGAACAUGCGUCUGGUCUUUGUGCCUGUAGCUUCGUACGUACUUGCGGAUUUACUUACAGCACAGUAUCUGCCAUUAUCGUUACAGCAUGGUAUCUGCCUUUGUCGGCCCAUAUUUCGAAGCCAUACUUUUAAAGGCAGAAAAUAACACUGUGCGCACAUGCAGAAUUAUGGCGAAAUGUCGCAUUUAUAACUCAACAAAGCUACAGAGUCUCAAAGCCGUUCGAAACCAGAAGGACGAGAAGUUUAGGAAAGCCCAUGUACUAACCAUCAUUCCCAUACCGCCACCCUUGCAGUUCCCGAAUAGACACUAGUUGCCUCUAGUAAUUAUUGUAUAGGAAACUUGCAGUACUCGAGGAAGGUGGCACUAGAGGAACUGAUCGGACGGCCACCUCACGC